AAGCCGCUCUGGCUGAAGCCGUUGCUGCGGCGCCCAGGUCCGGCAGGCGUGCCCCGCAGCCCCGCGGCAGGCCCCCUCCAGAGGCCCAGCCAUGGGGGCCAACAAGGUCGUGCAGAAGUCCAAGGCUCGGAGGGGGGGGGGGAGCGCUUCGAGGAAGGAAAAAACAGGAACACAACCUCUUGGCGCUGCGCGCGGAGCGCCAGCAGUUUCUGUUGUUGCAGUUGUUGCAUCUUCUGUGGGAGGCCCUCGUCGCUACGGCUGCAUGUGCUUCGACAUCCCAGUCAGAACGCACUCGGGGAGAGGUCCAGGGAGUCGUAAUUACAUCCUGGCGUCCCCAAAGGAGGCCAAGAUGAAAGCCGCCAUGGCCGGCGGCAAGUCCAAGAAGAAGAAGUGGAGCAAGGGCAAGGUGAAGGAGAAGCUGGCCAACCUGGUCAUGUUCGACCAGGCCACGUACGACAAGAUGCUGAAGGAGAUCCCGAAGGCGAAGCUCAUCACCACGGCCAUCGUGAGCGAGAGGCUGAAGGUGAACGGCUCCGUGGCGCGCCAGGCCAUCCGCCACCUGGAGGAGAAGGACCUGAUCCAGGUGGUAGGCGAGAGGAGCAGCAGCAUGCUCAUCUACACGCGCAAGAUCGGGGCAGGCGACUAGGCGACUAGGCGACGGCCGGCACGUGGACGGGCUGAGGGCUGCGAGAGUCGCUGCUUCGCGACGCCUGACGAGCAAAGCACGCGCGCACGCCCCUGCCAGGACAGAAAAUGAGAUACCAACGGGAUGGCAGGCGGGAUGAUCAUUAUCCUUGCCUUCCUGCAGCUCGUCUGGGCUCCAGGCUCCAGCUUGGAGGGCUGGCAACAGGCCGGUCCCGACUCCCGAGGUCGGGGGAGCACGCAGCAGGUAGAUCCGCGUG